UUAAACGAAGCCCCAUGAACGAAGCAAAGCAGCGAAAUUCACCGGUUUGGGGACCAGGGUUUUGCUGAGGUUUUCGGGUUUCCGAUUGAGAGAACAUAGAAUGGCAGCUACAAUUGCAUCAAGAUCUUCUUUUCUUCGUCCAAUCUUUAGAACAACAACAACAACGAGAACGAGAAUCCCAUUUUCAGUUCCUAAUCCUUCGCUUCGCUCUAAUUUCAAUCUUCGCCAAACCCGGAUUUCGCCUCCUUCUCUUUCUCGGUUGGUUCGGCGAGAACUGAGCACUCUUCAACCGGUUCACAGUGCAGUUGCAUCGGCUUGCCUUGUUUCCAAGCUUCCCCGUGAUGCCAAAAGUUGUGCUGAAGGUAGGUUUGCUAAUUAUAUCAGUCCCAUCUAGUAGCAAGUGCUUGUAGAGGUCGGAGCUUUCUUGUCUGAGUCUAGUGGUGCUGCUUACUUUCAUUCCAUUAGUCAGAAUUCAGCUUUUAAGGGUUCAAUUUGCUGAAUGUGUUUUUUUACCCACCUUUAAUCAGUAGGGGGGUUUUAAGUAACUUCUUGUAAUUCUCCUCUUUACUUUGUGAUGAUUUUAAUUUGCAUUUGAUGGUUCUUUUGCUACAAAUUUCUAUUAACAUCAUCUGAAUAAUUAGAGAAAAACCCAUAAUAGUAUGCAGUUUUGA